AUGGAUGUUCCUUCGUCAUCGACAUCCUCACAAGAUGUUGUGGAUGAUGCUCCUGAUGGAGCUCCCACCCAUUUUCUUAUGGAGCUCGUUACCUUGGACCAUCUAAUGAUGACAUCAAGUUCGUCCAAGAGGUCAAAGUUUUUGAUUCUUGGUACUUCGACCGGUGGUGUGUCUGUGUAUGGUCGUUAUUCCUCAUCUCGAAAACGUCUCAACACUCCCAGCGGCCUCUCCAUUUCAUUCAACACCAAGGAUGGCCCCGUGAGCGCGUUGUGUGUUGCUCCAAAAGAAGGUCUCAUAGCUGUUGGAAGUGAUAGUGGACGAGUAACUAGUUUGAUGUGGUCCACAGAUUCUAAAAGACUAUAUUCGGGUCAUGAAAAUGGUACUGUCAUGGUGCAUUAUUUAGAUGCGAAGUAUCUCUUCCGUUCCUCCUGUGCCGUUGUUGCUACUUUUGAGGAAGGACAAAUCGUUCAGCUAGACGUGAAUGGACCAAAUGUCUUGGUAUCCACGCAGAGUGCUUCAUAUGUUUGCAAUGUAGAUGAAAAGAGCGUUAUCCAAAUAGGGAAGAAACCGCGUAAUGGGCUCAUGGGUGCGUGUUUCAUCUCUCCUGCACAAGAAGAAUUGUCUAGUACUCAACAAGGCGGCUUCAUUCUGGCUGCCCGACCAAAUGGUCGAGUCUGGGAAGCGAAUGCUGCUGGAGUUGUUUACAGGACUCAUCAACUCCGAGAGAAUGCCACUUAUCCCCGUCCUCCCAUUAUUUCAUGCCGCAACGAUUAUUCGUGUGUCCGAAGAAAUAUCGAUGCUGGUGAUGCCGAAGCGAGAGAUGCAGUCACUUUGAGUGUGCUGCAACAUAUCAUCGUUGAC